UGGGUGUAACCAUUGCUGAUAAUUCUGCAUCGUGUGGCUACAGGACCCCCAAGGAGUUAUCCCUCUGCAUGAGUAGCGCUAUCUCAGAGAAAUGGAGACAAGGCGACUGAGAAGAGAAAUCGAAGCCCUUCUGGGAGAUUACAUUGGUCAGAAACUGAGAGAGAAUGGCUUUGACCCCAAGGGGAAAGGAUCCACUAGCAUGCUGGAUGACCUGGCCCAUUAUGACUUGGCCAUAAGUGUUGCCCUUUGGUGGCUAGAGAAAGAGGAGCGACAUGAUGUUAUGGACAGAGACAUUGUUGGAGUGGGAAGCCCAGGUUAUAAUGACCAGUACCCCAACCACCUGGAGAGAGAAGCCAUGAUCCUUUCUUCCUUCGCUGGGAUGAUCCUGAAUAGCUUGCCUGUAAAAGACAUUCUUGCCCUCUACACCACCAAACCGUCUGCCGCUUAUCCCCACCAGCACUCCAAGAGCGCCAUUGUUCAUCCCUUCACCUUGUCCUAUCACCCGUUUGCCAUGCUGGGCUCAUUCAAGGCCGUGGACCACUCCAGAAAGCACACCCAGAAUUUGAAGCGAUGGCUGUCUGUGCAGGUUAAACGAGGUGCUGCCCCUGAUGGACGGAGGGCCUUGGUGCAGUCCUCCUCAUCCACAUCUAACUCCUUUCUCUGUGACAGUGGCGAGUCAUUGAAAGAACAAGCAGAGCAUUAUGAAGUACCACAAUAAUCUCUACAGGAUUAAGGAAAGUCCUUUCCUCUUCUGUGUUACUACACCAUUAUUAUAUUGUUAUUAGAUGGUUAUUACAGGGUUAUUACAGGGUUAUUCCUGUGUUAUUACACUGGGUGAAAUUUCAAGGAACCCUGGCCAAUAGUAAGUAUCAAUCCUCCAGUGUGUUAUCAUAUCACUAGGGGUUUCGUCUAUAUUUGGUUGUAGGUCAGACCAUGUCCAUCUAUAAGCAAUACAAAUGUUUGACUACAUCAUAGAUACUAUUGUACAAUAAACCAUUCACUGUCUGUAACAAAGUUGCCUAGUUAAAUAAAGGUUAAAUUAAAGAGUA